AUGCGGCUUCUAAAAUUCGACGAUCAGGGCGAACUCAGCCUAACCGAGGAUCUUCGCGACGGUAUUCCCCCCUACGCGAUCCUCUCGCAUACAUGGGGAGACGAAAAGGACGAGGUCGAUUUCGAGGACCUCAAACACAAAUCGAUUAAGAACAAGGCUGGCUAUGCGAAGAUCCGGUUCUGCGGCGAGCAAGCGAAGAAGGACAACCUCGAUUACUUCUGGGUGGACACCUGUUGCAUCGAUAAAACGCACAAUAUAGAAUACUCAGAAGCUAUCAACUCGAUGUUUCGCUGGUACCGCAAUGCCGUAAAGUGCUAUGUCUAUCUGGCCGACGUGUCAAUCCCCGACGGGGAAGACCCUACGGAACGGACAUGGGAGCGGGCCUUCCGCAACAGCAGAUGGUUCACACGGGGCUGGACGCUUCAAGAACUUCUGGCGCCGUCAUCGGUCGAGUUCUUUUCGUACGAAGGGGAACGCUUAGGUGAUAAGAGGACGCUAGAACAACUGAUCCAUAAGAUUACGGGAAUUCCAAUCGCGGCACUUCGCGGCGAGCCGUUGUCUCAAUUCAGUGUAGACGAGCGCAUGCGAUGGGCCGCUAAUCGAUAUACCAAGAAGAGGGAGGAUCAGGCAUACUGUCUCCUUGGAAUUUUCAAUGUAAGUAUGCCUAUGAUAUAUGGUGAACACGAGCUAGCGCUCGUACGGCUACGGAACGAAGUUGAGAAGUCUCUAAGAAACGUGAAUUUGGAACAUGGAAACGCGCGAUGGAUAGUGCCUCGCUCGUCAAACACCUUGUUUACCGGACGGGAGGACGUUCUUCAUUAUCUAGAAAGGACUGUUUACGAUGCUGUGCAGCCAGCGUUAUUCGCAGAUCAGCGCCGAGAGCAGUGUCGCAUCGUCAUUACUGGUCUAGGGGGACAGGGUAAAAGCGAGAUCAGCUUACAGCUGGCGCAUCGCGUCCGAUCGUCACUCGACGGCGUCUUUUGGGUCGACGUCAGCUCGUUGUCUCUUGCGGAGAAUGGAUUUCUCAACAUCGCCUCUCAACUACAGAUGCCUGUAUCGACGUGGGAGAAUGGCCUGCAGGGACUUGCCAACCUGCAACACCCGUGGAUGUUGGUUCUGGAUAAUGCUGAUGACCCCAACAUCGACUACCAGGCUUAUUUCCCACCUGGCUCAGCUGGAGUAGUAGUGUUGACGUCGCGGAACGCCGAGUGCCAGCAAUACGCCACCGCUGGUUUCGUGGCUUUAGAAGAUCUCCCAAUCGAUGAGGCGACAGAACUCUUACUGAAAGCAGCCGGCGUUACUGGUGAGCAACGUCCUCUCCAGGAAGAUGAAGCGCGAAUGGUAGCCACAAUGCUCCAAUCACAUCCUCUAGCCCUGAUCCAGGCUGGGGCGUACGUAACACGAGGUCACUGCACCUUAGCAGAGUACCCCCGCGUCUACGAGCGUCACCGAGGGCGACUUCUCAGUUUCCGGCCGUCGCAAGCUCGGUCGCGGUAUUGGGACGUAUACACGACGUUUGAGGCAUCGGCCGAGAUGUUACAGACGAGUGGGACAGAGUCGUCGCAAGAUGCACUAGAGCUGCUGCUACUCCUGGCCGUGUGCGCGCCGGAACAACUACCGCUAUCAUUGUGUGAAGCGGCAUGGAAGGGAGCGCGAGAACUACCGGCGGAUACGACAGACGACGAGAAUAGUCUUCGACUGACAAAGUGGCACGUGUCUCGUCUACCGUCACUUCUGCAAAAAAAUUCCGACGCGUGGGAUUCAUUUCGGCUCCUGGAGGCUGUCUAUACACUGAAGGCUCUGGCCCUCGUGUCAACCCAUGUGGAUGAUGGCCAGGUGUCUGUAUCAAUGCAUCCAUUAGUGCACGCGUGGGCACGGGACCGUCAAGACCAGCAGCGGCAACACGAGUCCUGGAUCGCCAUGGGCUCUGUCGUGGCGCUCUCUGGCAGUGCGCACGAUCUGUGGCGAGUGCAGGCAAGGCAAUUGCAAUCUCACCUUCAAGCGGCGACAUCGUGGGACAUGGAGUGUAUGUUUAGGGCCAAUCAUGCGGCUGUGGCGACGAUAUUGGUGGAAUGUGGAUGGCUACUGCAUAAAAUGAGAGCUGAUAAGACACUGUUCACCCUGCUAGAUCGGCUAUGCACUCACCUUGGACUUGACAAGUCCAUUGUCGAUCCACGCUGGGUGCGACUGUAUAUGCUAAUGGGCCGCAACGCUUUGAACUAUGGCAAAGUUCGAGAUGCUGUGCGUCUGCUGGAGGAAGUGGUGCAGAUUCGAGGGCAGACACUGGCGGAGAAUCAUCCCGAUCGACUGGCGUCGCAGCACGAGUUAGCAGCAGCAUAUAAGGCGAAUGGACAGGUCAAGGAUGCGGUGCAGCUGCUGGAAGAGGUGGUGCGGAUUCGUGAGCAGACGCUAGAGGAGGAUCAUCCCGAUCGACUGGCGUCGCAGCACGCCCUGGCCGGCGCAUAUCGAGCUAAUGGGCACGUGAAGGAGGCGGUACGACUGCUGGAAGAGGUGGUGCGGAUUCAAGGGCAGACGCUGACGGAGGACAAUCCCGACCGACUAGCAUCGCAGCACGAGCUAGCCGGAGCAUAUCAGGCGGAUGGGCAGGUGCAGGAGGCGGUAAGACUGCUAGAAGAGCACGAGCUAGCCGGAGCAUAUCAGGCGAAUGGGCAGGUGCAGGAGGCGGUAAGACUGCUAGAAGAGAUAGUACGCAUUCGAGGGCAGACGCUGACGGAGGACCAUCCCGAUCGACUGACGUCGCUGCACAGCCUGGCAGGUGUAUACCGAGCUAAUGGGCAGACCGAGGAAGCUGUUUCACUGAUGCGGCACGUGAUCAAAAUUCGAACACAGAGUUUGACGAAUGAAUGUUUUACCCAAUCGGUUGGGAAUCUGAUGGAAGAUGAUCAGAGUGACGGCAAUUUGACGGAAAUUUCUUCGGGACCGCCCUCCUUAACCAGCGAUUCAACAGUCGAUUCUAUAAGGGAUGGAUACGACCAGGUGGUAGAACAUCUUGUUGAACUUUUCUGCUCCGAUGGAAAUAUUGGGCCAAUCUACCGUCAAGCUGCCAAAAAAUUAGGAUUGCGAAAAUUCAGCCAGAAUCACGAUCAAUUACUGAAGCUUUAUUUCAGGGGAUUGAGACACGAAGUCAAAAAUGGGACUGAAUUGGCAACUACACGUCUACUGCGCACUAGGCACUAUCGAAACGAGAUCACUUCUCUUAUUCUAACGUCCUUGGAGCUGUUGGAAGAUGGCCAGGGUCGACUUACACCGGUAAUUUUGGCAGAACGCAAAACAGAACGCAACUACAGCUUGAAUCAAUUCCUCCGCAGUCUCACCAUUCCCAACUCUGACGACAACCAUGAGAAGCCGCCUGGUGGUAUAGAUAUUUGCGAAGACAUCGUUUCCGAGAGCGACGGAUCAUCUACUGAGUCUGAAGAUGAAUCUUCAGGCGACAACCAAUCCCCAUUACAGGCCAUUGACAGUUUCCUGACCGGUGGCAGGGCCUUCAACCAGCUAACGAUUAACCUUACGAGCCUCCUACGGCCUCCUCACACCCUGGAAGAUGCGCUGCAAUCCGAGAGUGAAUUUGUUGUUAAGCAAAGCAUAGCUCGGAUCAUAGAAGGUCAGCCAAGCAAAGACCAAGAGACAAUUCUCGGCCUCCGCAAACAGAACCUAUCAGAUACCGAAAUCGCAAGAGUUUUGCUCGGAAAUGCACUGGCCCUGCCACGUGAGAUCGCAGAAAAAGAUCAGAAACCUACGCUAGCAGAAAACACCGUGACAGCUGAUGCCGACAUGCUGAAACAUGAUACUACAUUCACUAAUGAAAAAAAACCGAUCAGCCAAACAGCGGUUACGAAGUCGAAAUUGGACAACCUGACAGAAAGCCGAGUAUCACAAGUACACAACGAACCCUGUCUUGUCACAUGGACUUGUUCUUGUGGAAUGCAACUUUGCGACUACUAUACAGAGCUAGUUCCUGGAAGCUUGGAGCAGCUGCAACAGCGUCUACGGAGUGAGCAUUCUCAAACGUCAGCUCCUUGGACCAUUCUUUGGAGUGGCCUGUCCACUUGGGCUGCCUCGAGAUCGCCUGCGACGGACGCCAAUCAAAAAGUUCACGACAAAACGUCAUCCACAAACCCAUCAGCCCAGGCAACCCAAGCAAGGACACUGAGUAAUCCUAGCAUGUCGAGAAUUGCCGACGCAAGUACUCCUUUCGGAUCUCAGGGACCCUCUACAUCGGGUGGCACUUUGAUCAAUACCCGGCCGGAUCAGCGAGAAUCUAUGGUAUCCUAUCUCCUCCUCUGUUUCCCCGAGGGAUUGUCCGGUGUGAAACUGUGUCAACAACAAAUCUUGAACACGGCACCACAGCAAGAUCUCCCAAACCGAGUCACAAACGACAAGCAACUCUUUCACCUUUUGCGCAAGACGUAUGCCUCGGAGAGGAGAGCCUUCAUGUACAGAUUCUGGCCUAAGACAGUCAUCAGGGUAUCACUAGCCUACUUUCUUGUUGACCUGUCCGAGUAUGUGGAGCUGAAACAUUACGCAUGCCACGCAGGCGGAGACAAUUGUCGGUGCAUUCCACCACCGGAUAUGAUAAGACCAUCAAACAACGCUCAGUACGACUGCAUACCCAGAGAGCCACGGGUAAAACCACCUAUUGGUCCGAACUAUCUUACCCAUUACUUCCAGAAUCCGCAUUGCAUUAAAAGCGACAAGCUUGUAUGCACACUAAAUCAAGUCCCUAAACGUGUAGGACCAUGUAUGGCAACAUCUGGGACCGAGAGAGUGGAAGGGUGGGGUAUAGAGUUCGAAGAAGGUUGGGAUCGUGGCCGGCUUAGAAACUUUAUCUUCGGCCUCAUUACAGUCGGGAGUUUGAUCUUCGCAAUAUUAUGGUCGGCCUUGAAGAAAGACACACAAAGCGCUUUUGGCAUUUCUGGAUUCAUCGUUGGUAUUCUAGCAAUUGUCAGCGGAUACAUCGCGUCUGCGGAACCAAGAAUAGUCCAUAAAUGA